CGGCCAACAAAGCCUCCCUACCAGUUGUCUGCUCAUCCGCCACCUUUCCAGUACCCAGACUAUUGUCUCUACUGGCCAUUCCUUAAUAUUUCCAACUAAUUCCACUCAUUAAUCCCCGAUAUUCGGCGACUGUCAUUCUCUCAACUCCGUCGUUUCCUGAUCGACACGUUUAUCAGUUCCACUCUUUAACACACCACUCCGGUCCAUCAUUAAUACCAGCCCGGCAUUAUGGCUUACCAGAAGCGUCCUACCUCUAGCUAUCAGCCCUGUGACACCUUUUUUGUCGAGUCUUAUGACGACUUCCCGGCGCCUCGCAUGGAUCCCAAGGAACACGCAAAGCUGAUCGCCCGCGAGCGUCAGUAUGCCAUCGCGGACGAGCUGUCCAAGAUUGCCAGCGAGGAGUUCCGUGAUGACAUUUUGGCGCACAUGCUGGACAUGGAUGCCGCUACCCUUCCCGACGUUGAGUCAAUCGAUAUCCAAACUGAGAUCCAGUGGUUCAUGCGCCCGUAUCUUCUUGAUUUUCUGAUUGAAGCCCAUACCGCGUUCCAGCUGCUACCGUCGACGCUGUUCCUGACCAUCAACCUGCUCGACCGCUACUGCUCCAAGCGUGUCGUCUACAAGAGACAUUACCAGUUGGUUGGGUGCGCUGCGCUCCUCAUCGCAGCGAAGUAUGGCGACAAAAAGGACCGCGUGCCUACCAUCAAGGAACUGAAGUCGAUGUGCUGUUCGCUUUAUGACGACGACAUGUUCAUUCAAAUGGAGUGGCAUGUUCUGCAGACUCUGGGCUGGACCAUCGGACACCCGACUGUAGACGGCUUCCUGCAACUUGCUGUGAUGGACACUCCGUACGAUGCCGAAGUCGAGCACUUGGCUUUGUACAUCUCGGAGAUCUCGCUGUUCCACCGGGAGUUCGUCUCCAAGCCGUCGUCGGACCUUGCCCGGGCCUCCCUCGCUCUCGCGCGGUGCAUCUUGAACCGGACUCAGCCACGCCACACCGAGUGGGCGUCCCAAUACGAUUCGAUGACUCUCGUGGGGUUGUCGCAGCAGCUUCACCAACCCUCCCAGGUCCUGUCCAGGAAGUACUCCUCGGCUCACUACUCCCGUGUAUCCAAGGUUCUGGAGCAGUUCCUAGCCCGCCAAGCCUCGAUCGCGAGCUACACGCCACCCAGCCCGCCGACGGACGUCGCCCAGUCCGAGUCUAAGCCCUUCGAGGGCGAGAUCGGGCUGGCCACGCCGCAAAAGACCACCCAGUCGGCGAUGGCGCACGGCUAUAUCACACCGCCCAUCACACCCGAAAACGAGGCUUUUGCCAACGGCGGUAACACCACCUUCGCCAAGGGGGUCCCGGCGACUAGUGCCUGCUCACCGUCGCCGACACCCCCGUCCAGCAUGCAAUUCACGCACGCAUACACGCAGGAGGCGAGCUACCCUCAACAAUUCCUCCAGCCCCAGAUGUCAUUCAGCACCGGUUACUGAAGUAGACGCCGUCAUUUGGGGACAUUCUCGUCAAUAAUAUACCCACAUAUUGCUCGAUA